AUGGUUUCCACUAAAUCUUUGUUUGUGUUUGCUUUGAGUGCUUCUGCUGCUUUUGCGGCCCCUGCGCCAGGUUCUAAGCAUAUCCACCGUAAGGAAAAGAGAGCUGCUGUCACUGUUACUCAGUACUACGACCAAAACGGUAACGUUAUUGCUGAUCCUAACGCUGUUGCUACUGUUCCAGUCGAAGCAGCUGCUAUGCAGGCUGCUUCAGUGGUUACUUCUGCUACUUCUGCUGCGCAGACGACUUUGAGUCCUACUUCUAGCGCUGAAGAAGUGACUUCAUCCUCAUCAUCUUCUUCAUCCUCUUCAUCUUCAUCUUCCUCUUCCUCCUCCUCUUCAUCUUCUUCCACUUCCACUUCUACCUCUGGCUCCAGCUCCGGUAUCGAUGGUGAUUUGUCUGAUUUCUCCGGCCCAAGUGAAGAAUUCGAAGACGGUACCAUCCCAUGUUCUCAAUUCCCUUCUGGUCAAGGUGUCGUCGCCGUUGACUGGAUCGGUUUGGACGGCUGGUCCACUAUCAUGGACAUGGACGGUGAAACUUCUAGCUCUUGUGAAGACGGUUACUACUGUUCUUAUGCUUGUCAAGCUGGUAUGUCCAAGACCCAAUGGCCUAGCGAACAACCAAGCGAUGGUAAGUCCAUCGGUGGUUUGCUAUGUAAGAACGGUUACUUAUACCGUACGAACCAAGAUUCCAAAUACUUGUGUGAAUGGGGUCGUCAAUCCUCUUACGCCGUUAACAACAAGGACUCUGCUAUCUCCUUGUGUAGAACUGACUACCCGGGUUCUGAAAAUAUGGUUGUUCCAACUUUGGUCCAACCAAACUCUAAGAAGCCAAUCUCCGUCGUUGACGAAGAUUCUUACUACAAAUGGCAAGGUAAAUCCACCUCUUCUCAAUACUACGUCAACAACGCCGGUGUUUCUGUUGAAGACGGUUGUAUCUGGGGUACUGACGGUUCUGGUGUCGGUAACUGGGCCCCAGUUGUCUUGGGUGCUGGUUACGUCAAUGGUAUCACUUACCUGUCCAUCAUUCCUAACCCAAACAACAACGAGGCUCCAAACUACUCCAUUAAGAUUGAGGCUGCUGACGGCGCUUCUGUGAACGGUGCUUGUUCUUACAUCGAUGGUAGUUACACUGGUAGUGGCUCUGACGGUUGUACCGUUUCUGUCACUUCUGGUACUGCUAACUUCGUCUUCUACUAG